AUGCAUCUAGACACAAACCUCAUGUCCAGAUUGAGCGGGGCAUUCCCCCUGGACUGGAAACAUGACCACCUGACUUUCUUGGGCCUCAAACUUACAAAAAACCCUGCUAAACUAUACCACCAUAACUACGUGCGUAUGCAUAAAGAAUUCACAGACUCCAUGCAGGCAUGGAAGGGGAAGUACCUGUCGUGGACAGGCCACAUAGCAGCAGUAAAAAUGUCGCUAAUUCCAAAAAUCCAAUACCUUUUUCGCACGCUACAGAUACCCCUACCAAAGCAAUACCUCAAAAACAUGCAGCACACCAUCAACACCUUCAUCUGGGAGGGGAAAAAAGCGAGCAGCAGGGACCCUACAACAGGCGGUACGCAGGGGAGGUUUAGGCCUCCCGAACUUGACGGCCUACUACAGAGCGGCGUACCUCCAUAA